AAAUCAUCUAAAACUGAAGAUAUGCACAAUUCGUCAAUAGGAUCAUCAUCUGGUCAGGCAAUAAGUCAUCCUAUACCAGUUGGUUGUUCUCUUGGUUCCACUCUUGAACCAAUUCAACAAGGUCAAGAGUUGUCAGUUGGUUCACUGACUUCUUCACCGG